AUGGCGCCGAAUAAAGAUUGGAUGGACCUAGUAGAUGAUGAUAGACUUGAUCCAAAAUAUAAAGAAGGGGUUGAUCAGUUUUUGGACUAUGCAUAUGAGAAGCUGUUGGAUAGUUUUAAUGAAAAGGAUGAAGACUUUGAAAUUCGAUGUCCAUGUAUUAAAUGCAGCAAUGUGAAGUCUGGUAAUCGUGAGUCGGUAAAGACCCACUUGAUUAUUCAUGGAAUUAUUAAAAACUACAGAUUUUGGUGUCAUCACGGCGAAAGACAGGGUGAGUCCAUUUCGGAGUUUGAUGAAGAACAAGAAGAAAUGAUAGAAGAAAGCCAGAGUGACGAUGAAAUGCAAGAAAUGAUUGGAGAUUUAUUUCAUAAUUCAACUGGCGUUGUUGCACCUGAUGCCACGUCGAGUCAGGAUAUUCUUGAGCAGGAACCAGAUGGACAUGCAAAACAAUUCUACAGUCUUUUAGGUGACUCCGAGAAACCUUUGUAUGAAGGCUCUAAAUGUUCAAAGUUAUCUUCUUUAGUGAAACUACUUCACAUAAAGAGCCUAAAUAGGUGGAGUAAUAAAUCAUUCUUAAUGUUGCUCCAGUUUUUGAAUGAGGAGCUAUUGCCAGGGGAAUCAACACUACCUAAUUCGUAUGACGUGGCCAAAAAAUUAAUCCGAGACCUCGGCCUAUCAUAUGAAAAAAUUGAUUCGUGUCCAUUCUCUUGCAUGCUGUUUUGGAAAAAUGAAGAAGAUCUUGAUACGUGUCAGAGAUGUGGUGCUUCUAGAUGGAAACUUGAUAAACAUGGAAAAGAGAUCAAGCGAAAGGCAAAUGGUAAAAAAAUACCACAAAAGACAUUGCGAUAUUUUCCUCUUAAGCCACGAUUGCAAAGGCUUUACAUGUCUUCGAAGACAGCUUCUGAUAUGAGAUGGCACCAUGAAAGACAAGUUGAGGACGGAGUGAUGAGGCAUCCAGCUGACUCUAAGGCUUGGAAAAACUUUAAUGAGCUACAUGAAAGCUUUGCCGAAGAGCCCCGAAAUGUUAGGCUCGGUCUUGCAAGUGAUGGUUUCCAACCUUUCACAAAUUCAAAAGUUUCUUAUAGCAUAUGGCCCGUUUUACUUGUACCAUAUAACUUACCACCAUGGAUGUGCAUGAAGCAAUCUAAUUUUAUUUUAUCUAUGCUCAUUCCUGGUCCAACUGGUCCUGGAGAUGCUAUUGACACCUACUUACAACCAUUGAUAGAAGAACUAAAGGAGUUGUGGGCCUCAGGCGUUCGAACAUAUGAUGUAUCUCUGAGACAGAAUUUCAUUUUACGUGCAGCACUAAUUUGGACUAUUAAUGAUUUUCCUGCUUAUGCAAAUUUAUCUGGAUGGAGCACUAAGGGAAAAUUAGCAUGUCCUUGUUGUAAUAAGCACACUCACUCUAUCAGGUUAAAAUAUGGAGGCAAGCAGAGCUAUAUGGGGCAUCAUCGCUAUCUUGAUGAAAAUCACAGUUGGAGAAAGGAUAAGAAAUCAUUUGAUUGCACUAGGGAGAGAGGUUAUGCAGCGCCGAAGCUGACAGGAGAUGACAUCCUUAAGUAG